CGAAAAUGCGUAGCUCUGUGUGGACGAUAAUUAUACCAUGUAUGUUGUUUCUGCUAACGCUAGCGCAUGCGUGUGUGUUCUGUGGAAAUAACCAUUGUGAAACACAUAGUGGUCAGCCAUGCCCCAAUGAAAAAUCGGAAGACAGGCCCAACUCACAGUCUCUGGCUACCAAAACCAAUUCACCCGAUGAAGCCUCGCCAGAUUCGCAAGGUGGCCUUAAAGUUGAGGAGACAAAACCGGUAGAAGACCCCAACUCACAGUCUCCGGCUACCACAACCAAUUCACCCGAUGAAGCCUCGCCAGAUUCGCAUGGUGUCCUUAAAGAUGAGAAGACAAAACCGGUAGAAGACCCCAACUCACAGUCUCCGGCUACCACAACCAAUUCACCCGAUGAAGCCUCGCCAGAUUCGCAUGGUGGCCUUAAAGAUGAGAAGACAAAACCGGUAGAAGGCCCCAACUCACAGUCUCUGGCUACCGCAACCAAUUCACCCGAUGAAGCCUCGCCAGAUUCGCAAGGUGGCCUUAAAGAUGAGGAGACAAAACCGGUAGAAGACCCCAACUCACAGUCUCUGGCUACCGCAACCAAUUCACCCGAUGAAGCCUCGCCAGAUUCGCAAGGUGGCCUUAAAGAUGAGGAGACAAAACCGGUAGAAGACCCCAACUCACAGUCUCCGGCUACCACAACCAAUUCACCCGAUGAAGCCUCGCCAGAUUCGCAUGGUGUCCUUAAAGAUGAGAAGACAAAACCGGUAGAAGGCCCCAACUCACAGUCUCCGGCUACCACAACCAAUUCACCCGAUGAAGCCUCGCCAGAUUCGCAAGGUGGCCUUAAAGAUGAGGAGACAAAACCGGUAGAAGACCCCAACUCACAGUCUCUGGCUACCACAACCAAUUCACCCGAUGAAGCCUCGCCAGAUUCGCAAGGUGGCCUUAAAGAUAAGAAGACAAAACCGGUAGAAGGCCCCAACUCACAGUCUCCGGCUACCACAACCAAUUCACCCGAUGAAGCCUCGCCAGAUUCGCAUGGUAGCCUUAAAGAUGAGAAGACAAAACCGGUAGAAGGCCCCAACUCACAGUCUCCGGCUACCACAACCAAUUCACCCGAUGAAGCCUCGCCAGAUUCGCAUGGUGGCCUUAAAGAUGAGGAGACAAAACCGGUAGGAGACCCCAACUCACAAUCUCACAAUUUGUCACCGAAUAUACCGACGAUUUUUUUUAUUAGUAUUGGUAUUAUUAUUAUUUUUGUUUUACUAGUUUUAACAAUUUUCUAUGUCUGUAGGACUCAGUAUCGUCGGUCUACUAAUGAUUUAAUGGGUGCCGAGAGCGUAGCCUUGAAUCCAAUCGGUGUCACAGAGUCAAUUGUGUAGGCAGGAUUUAGUCCGCGAGUGGGCGUGGAAUGAAAUUGGAAAUUUAGGCAUUGGUUUGUUUCCUUCUUAUACUCUGUAGGUUUGCGGGAGCUGAAAAUGUGACAGGCAGAAGGAGGCGUG